CUGACCUUCUCAACUUGCUUCGGCACCAACCACAAACGACUGGACUCCUGAAGCUGAAGCGGCCAGCGAUGCAUGGGCGAAUCCAGCACCAUUGGAACCACCCAAGAUCGAUAAAAAAAAAAAAAAGGCCAUGAUAUAUAUUGGCAUGAUCUAGCUAUUGGCAUGAUCUAGCAUGGCGUAAGCAUAUGUAUUCCGCAUGUGUUUUCGAGGGCCUGCUGGAUAUGGAUAUGCGUCACUCUCACGGCCCCAGCCUUCAUCACAGGUAUCAAUGCUUACUGCGUGUUGGGGCUUGCAAAACGACUUCACGGCUGGAGCUGAAUCCCUUUUGCUGCCAAAGCCCGCGACCGACGUUGAUUUUAGGCACAAGUCUACACGGUUUCACGAAGGCAUCAACCUCGGCGAAGUUCCCUGUUCAAUUCCUUGGCAGCCUCUUUUUUCGAUUACGUUGCUGUUGGAGACUGCCGAUUACGUCGCUGUUCCGUUGCCACUCAGCCUCGAGUUGCUGCUGUGCCCCAAUGCUGCAGCCUUAUCAUGCAUGCAGAUGCCAUCAACGGCACGGCGCUUCCGAAUCACGAAGAUGCAGACAGGCGGUUAAAUCACUGAAAAGGAGUACAGCGAAGCCUGUAGAAUCAGAAAGGACGUAUUUCGCGGUGAUAAUACCCCGACCAUUGCGAUACAAGAGGAUGUUACGUUUAGGCAAAACGCCGGUUCAUAUCUCCUUCAAAGUACACAGCCCCGGCGUACCGCAUCCGAAUGUUGUUCAUUAUGCAUCAUCCCCGGCGACACGAGCGGGCCUGCAACCAGAAAGAGUAAUUGACUGUGGCGCAAUAUGCUCGUCCCUGCAGCUUCUCAGUUGUUAAAACAUCCCUCGAAACACGGAGAGCAGGGCCAAGGCUGCUCGACGAAUGGGCUCUCUGGCAGCAAGCGCUAGACAGUAUGAGGCUGCUCCCCUGCAUUCGUUAUUGCCUUGUUUACUGCUAACAGAGCAC